UCAUUGUUGGGCUGUAGGUGACGCGCCCCGGUCUGGGUGGGACGGGGGCGAGGCUAGAGCCGGGCGGGGGGGGGCGUUCCUGGGCCGGCUCGCCUUCCUUCCCUCCCCGCCUCCCUCCCCUCUACGUCGGAUGAAGGCGGCGGGCGGGCUUGCAAACAAAAGAGGGGGGUGGGCGCGAGGGGGGGAGGCGCGGAGCCCCCAAGAGCCCGCGAGGGAGGAGGAGACGAAGGGGGCGCCCGCCUGCCAUGCCCAGCGCCCUCUGCCAGCUGGAGGGGGGCCCGGGCGCCCGUUGCCCCCCUCCCGGCUUGGGGGGGCUGCUCCUGAACCCCCACCUCGGACAGCCGCCGCCUGCUUGCAGCAGCGCCAGCAUCCCUCCUCUUCGACGGGAGGAAGACCUGGCCCAGCAUCCCUCCUCCCGGCCGCCCCCGGGGGGCAGCAAGGCAGCGGAGGACCCCUCGGCCGCGCUCCGGUUUGCCUUGGACCAGCUCUCCAUCCUGGGCUUGGCUGAGGAGGGCGAGGAGGAGGAGGAGGAUGGAGACGAGGACCGAGCCGGAGCGCCCCCCGAGGAUGGAGCGCUGGACCACUUCGCUUACGGAGCAUCCUCGGGGGCGGGGAUGCCCCUGCUGGGCCCGGAGGGCAGCCCCCCGGCCUCCCCCGAGGUCUUCGGGGCCUUCCCUCCGCCCUGCCUGGGGCACGCUCCGCAGCACCCCCUGCUGGCCGGGCACCUGGCGAGCCGCAAGAAGAGCGUGAACAUGACCGAGUGCGUCUCCGUGCCCAGUUCGGAGCAUGUGGCGGAAAUCGUGGGCAGGCAAGGAUGCAAGAUCAAAGCUCUGAGAGCCAAAACCAACACUUACAUCAAGACGCCGGUGCGAGGAGAGGAUCCGGUCUUCAUCGUGACGGGGCGUAAAGAGGAUGUGGAAAUGGCCAAGCGAGAGAUCCUUUCAGCCGCCGAACACUUCUCCAUGAUCCGAGCCACGCGGAACAAAGUCAACGGUGUGACGGGUCCCCCAAACCUUCCAGGGCAGACCACUAUCCAAGUGCGGGUCCCGUACCGAGUGGUUGGGUUGGUGGUGGGGCCCAAGGGGGCCACUAUCAAGCGGAUCCAGCAGCAAACCCACACCUACAUUGUGACCCCGAGCCGGGACAAAGAGCCUGUUUUUGAGGUGACCGGGAUGCCCGAGAAUGUCGAUCGGGCUCGGGAGGAGAUAGAAGCUCAUAUCACCAUGAGGACUGGCUCCUUUGUUGACGUCAACGCCGACAACGACUUUCAUUCCAACGGCACCGACGUUUGUCUGGACUUGCUGGGGGUCAACCCGUCCAGCCUGUGGUCCAAGGCCCCGAACCCUGCCCGCCGGCCAGUGUCCAGCCUCCGCAACGAUAACCUCGGUCCUUUGGCUACCACUACCUCGGCGCCAGAAGCUUACUUUGGGGGUCCGGUGGCCGAUGGGCCCCCCAACAGCCCUUUUGGCUCCAGCAGCAGCUUCCCUUUCAGUGACCCACCGGCUCCUGUGCUGGGCUCGGACGAUUGCGACUUUGGGUUUGAUUUUCUGGCCUUGGACCUCAGCACACCGACCACCAUCUGGUCCCCAUUUGAGCCGCCCGCUGACCCGCUUCAGGCAUUCAGCAGAUCUUCCUCCUCCUCCCUCAACAGCACCUCUCAGAGACGCAACAGCAGCCUCAGCAGCACGGCCACUCCUCGCCACUCGCCGACCCUCCCGGAGGCCAGCAUGACCCUAGACCACCCUUUGGCCCGGCGCAUUCAGAGCGACCCGGUCAAUGCCCUGUCGUGGGUGCCACCUCAGGGCUCCCUCUCGUUCUCCAACAGCACUGGCUACUCCUCUUCCUCCUCUUUGCCCAGUAGUAUUUCAGUCGCCUCGGGCUCCCCGACGGAUUCGAGCGGUUCCGACGGGGCCCGCAAGAACUCCCGCGAGUGCAUGGUCUGCUUCGAAAGCGAGGUUAUCGCCGCCCUGGUGCCGUGCGGCCACAACCUCUUCUGCAUGGAGUGCGCCAUGCGCAUCUGUGGCCGAUCUGAUCCAGAGUGCCCCGCCUGCCACACGCCGGCCACGCAAGCCAUCCACAUUUUCUCGUAGCCGUCAGGGCAGGGGGGCCGCAGACUCCUCAGUCCCACCCAUCCCAUUUCCUCCUUACAAAAACACAGCUGUCUUUUUGAACUUUUAACUGUUUAUAUCAAGCUUUUUUAAAAAAAAAAUUUAAAUGGAUUAUUGUUGGGGUUGGGGAAAGGGAAUGAAAUGCAUCCGUUAUGCCAUGCUAGGUUAGAAAAAAUGAUAGGACGGUGAGUAGAAGAGGGAUUAAGAAACAUUGGGGGAAUUGGCGGGAGGCCGGGGGGGGGAAGACUAAUUCACAGGGAAAGAGGUGCAAAUUUCGAGGGCUGGGCAAAAAAUAAUUUUUAAAAAAUAUUGUUUACAGAACAGCUUUAACUCUUGCUCUGAGCGUGCGCAGGAGGGUUGAGUGAAAUGGGUGCUAUUCCCCCAACCGCUCUCUUCAAAUAGCAGUAUUCUUUUCUCUUCUUUGCCAACAAAUUAAGGAAAAAUUGAGGUCCGCAUGCACUUUUGAAAGGACACGACAAGGGUUGUCUUUUGUUGUCGUUCUUAAAGAAAAAAAAGGAAUUCAUACAUCUUUUUGCAUUUCUUUAAUUACCUUUUUUUGGAAACCCAGGAGUGUGGGUUGCAUUCAGCUAAAUUCUACUCAGAGUAGACCUAUUGAAAUGAAUGGGCCUAACUUAGUAAUGUUGACUGACUGCAAGAAGCCCAAUUUAGUCAUGUUCAUUGAGUUAAAUGGACCUAAGUUAGUUGUGCCCAUUGCAAUGGACCUAAGUUAGUCAUGUCCAUUGAUUUCAAUGAGCUUAAUUGAGUUGUGUCCAUUGAUUACAGUGGGCCUAAUUUAGUCAUGCCCGUUGAUUUCUUGAAAACCCAGGAGUGUGGGUUGCAUUCAGCUAAGUUCUACUCAGAGUAGACCUAUUGAAAUUAAUGGGCCUAACUUAGUGAUGUCGAUUUAUUGCAAGAGGUGCAAUUUAGUCAUGCCCAUUGAUUUCAGUGGACCUAAUUUAUCGAGACGAAUGGGUCUACUCCUGAGUAUGACUAACUUUGAAUAUUGCCCUCUCUGGGUUGUACCCAAUGAUAGUCAAACUUGAAGUAGACCCACUGAAACCAAUGGAUUGAUGUAACCUAAGUCCAUUGAUUCAGUAGGCCUGCUCUGAAUAUGACUAAUGUUGGAUGGCAUCCGUAUAUGUCUCUGGACACAUAGGGUGAUAUCCCGCGUUAGUCAUAUCUCGGAGUAGACCCAUUGAAAUCAGUGGACUUGUUACAUCAGUCCAAUGGUUUUCAAUAGGUCUACUCUGACUAUGGGGAAGGAACUGGCAAUCCCACCCCAUAUAUACGGUCUGCCUAGUAACCGUCGCAAGAUGUCACCCUAAGAGUCGGAAACGACUCGCACUACAAGUACGGGGACACCUUUACCUUUUACUCUGACUAUGACUUAACAGUGGAGAUAAUUCAUAUAUAUUCAUGCAUUCAUAUGCGCACAGUUGUAAUUUUUGUCUGUUAAACAAAAUCUUACCUUUCCCCAAAACCAAUGAGAGAAGCAGGAGGGAUAUUUGGGGGAAAUGAGGGGGUCACCUUAACACAUAAUGCAAAAAAAGGCUUAUUUAUAGUCAGCUAAGUUCUACUCAGAGUAGACCCACUGAUUUCAAUGUACCCAAGUUAGUCAGUUAUUCCCAAAAGGUCUACUUCGAGUAAGACUAACUUUGACUAUGAUCCAUUAUCUCUUUCUUUUUUUAUCUCUCUGUAUAGGUAGGGAAUUUCUAGGGGUAAAUAAUUUACUGAAUAAAUUUUAAGAGCUAAAGUAUAUUUUAUUUUUUAAAACAGGGGCAUAAGGGUAGGCGGGUGGGGGACCAACUUUUAACCUUGCGACGGCUAAAGUUCCACUCAUACAUAUGUAUAUAUAUAUAUAUUUGCUGAUCUGACUUGACGAUUAUGAAAAUUGUAUGCAGAGUUUUAUUUUUUUGAACUUUCAAAGCCUUCUUAAUAAUAAUAAAAAAUAAAGAGAGUAA